GGACGCGGCGUCCUCGCGGAGAGUGCACCGCACAGUGCCGUCUGCGGGGCGGUGGCUGCGGCCUGUCCGCCCGGCCUCCAGGCCCAGCAGGUGCUUCUCUGCACCGCAGCUGGUGGAAACGCCCCCUCCGGAGGUGUCCGUUGAUGGCCGGCAGAAGAUGCACUUUCUGUACUUCUCUCAGGGAAGUCAUUAUGUGACUAACACAUUUCCAGAUUUCCUCUCACUUACCGUGAAGUGUACAUGAGAAUGACGUGCACUGCCAAGAAAUGUGGGGUUAGGUUUCAGCCUCCAGCUAUUAUCCUAAUCUAUGAGAAGGAAAUGAAAGGGAAAAAUCGCCAGCGCAUCAUGCCUGUCCGAAACUUUUCCAAGUUUUCAGAUUGCAGCAGAGCUGCUGAACAAUUAAAGAAUAAUCCACGCCACAAGAGUUACCUGGAACAAGUGUCCCUGAGACAGCUGGAGAAAUUAUUCAGUUUUUUACGAGGUUACUUGUGGGGACAGAGUUUGGCCGAAACAAUGGAACAGUUUCAACGGGAAACAACCAUUGAUCCUGAGGAAGACCUAAACAAGCUAGAUGACAAGGAACUUGCCAAAAGGAAGAGUAUCAUGGAUGAACUUUUUGAGAAAAAUCAGAAGAAGAAGGAUGAUCCAAAUUUUGUUUAUGACAUAGAAGUUGAAUUCCCACAGGAUGAACAGCUGCAAUCCUGUGGCUGGGACACAGAGUCAGCUGACGAGUUCUGAUAUCAAAAACAAAAAUUUUAUUGGGCUAGCAGAAACUCCAUGUUUAAACAGAGAACGUAGAUUAGUCCUAGAAAAAUCUGUAAAGAACACUAAAUGUACACAUCAGGUCAUGUUUGGAUUGACCGUGUUACUUUUCAAAAACAGGGCAUGGAGAGCAUCUACUCUAUAGGUGCACUGACCUAUACACAAAAAAGGCUGCAGGUUUGAUUCCUGGUCAGGGCACAUACUUGGGUUGCUGGUUUGAUCCCCGAUUGGGGCACAUACAGGAGGCAACUGAUCGAUGUUAGAGUCUCUCUCACAUCGAUGUUUCUCUCCUCUCCUCUCUCUAAAAAUAUUCUUGGGUGAGGAUUUAAAAAAGAAAAUUUUUUUCAUUGAGGCACAGUAAGCAAAUUAUAGUUGGAUAAGAUUGGAGGGCAUAUAUAGUUACUAGCAGACUAUCCUGUGUGCAUUAUGUCUUUACAUAUAUUUAACUCUUUCCUAAGUAUUUCAUUCUAGAGUAAAGAAGUGCCCCUGCACAGUGCCCUGCAGCUGCCAGGGCAUGUCAUUGGGUGGACAGCAGGAGAAUUCUGCCCUUCCCGUAUCAGGAAAUGUACACCAAAGGCAUUCUGAAACCUUGAACCUUUUCCCAUAAAAAAAGUUUUGUUUGUAAAAUGGGAACCCUACCCAUAAUAAAUGAACAAUAGGUACUGCAGUUUAGGCCUAUUUAUGAAUUUGGAUCUACAAAGAGGAGAUUUUUGUUGACAAGGUUAUAUGUAUACAGAUAAUAUUAUUUAAAUGGUAGAAAUCCUGUUUUUUGCAAGGAACUCAAUACUCAUUAAAUAAACUGUAAAAAUUA